CCAAUACACACACACAUUUUCUUUAUAAGAAAACAAAUAAAAAAAAAAGAAAAGAAGAAGAUAAAUAGGUUUACACGUGUCAAAAACCCAGAUGCUCAAUCUCCUCGCACACACCCACCAUUCCAGGGUAGUACUCAGUACUCACCACUCCCCCCAUUUCCACUCUCCAAUGGGGACUUUUGUCAAACACCUUAUCCUCUCCCACGCCUCACUCUCCUCCUCCUCCUCCCCCGGCCACCGUCGCUCCUCCNAUNCCGUGGCGUCCACGGUCCUCGCGGCGGCGGCGGCGCUCCACGCGCGGCGGCCGGCGGCGCCGCCCCCGGCGGAGGCGGCGGAGAUGGCGUGGGGGACGCGGUCGUUCAUCAAGGAGAAGUACUUCCAGCCGGGGCUGUCGCCGGAGGAGGCGGCGGCGCGGAUCCGGCACACGGCGGAGGGGCUCCGCGACAUGCGCCACAUGCUCGACACCAUGUCGUGGCGCUACGUGCUGUUCUACGUCCGGCUCAAGGCGGCGUACCUCGACGCCGACCUCAAGAACGCCCUCGCCACCGUGCCCGAGGGGCGCCGGGCCUCCUACAUCAAAACCGCCAACGAGGUCGUCGACAACAUGUCCGAGUUGGAUCGAUAUGUACGUACUCCAAAAGUGUAUGAAUCAUAUCUCUACUACGAGAAGACUCUCAAAUCACUGGAUGAGUUGAUCACUUUCCUUGCCUAAUUAGAGAGGAAUUAAUAAUAUUAUUAAUCCUUAUUUUGAGUAAUUUGCUAUUUGAAAAGAUGUUCUAUAGCUUACUUAAGUAAUUAAACAUCCUAAAAUUCAAGCACUAGGCUUUAUUCAUUGCAAGGAAUGGUUAUUCAAUUUGCAUUUGGCUCCAUCAUGUUGUAUAUAAAGAUUUUAGGGGACCUUAAUGCUAUUAAUCACAAUCAUUUUCAUAUCU